GUGUAGUGCCUAGUAGGCAGACUGUCAAACAAGCCACGCACACAACGCAGCACACACCUGACUUUUUUCAGACAGAGCCAGGUGAGAGAAAGAGCUAAAGAAAAGGCCAAACGCCUAAAGACAGAGUCAGCGACAGCAACAACGACGGCGGUGGCAACGGGGACAGGACCAAGGAUGAAGCUAAGCGACAUCCUGAAGAACGUGAGCAAGAGACUGCACCUUGGGCAAGCCCCAAACUGUUCCAUUCCCAUUUUGGACGCAAUCCCGCCCUCCUUCAACAUCAGUAGCGGUUAUCCCAGUUCCAAUCCCAUUACCAAUCCCAGCAUCUUUUUCCCGACUUCGGAUUGCCCCAGCCUGCUGAUCGCCUCGGAGGACGAGGACGAACAGCCAACUCCAGGAGAUAAUCUUUUGGCUGCAGCUGCUGCUCGGCUGAGUAAGACGGAGCUCAAUCCCUACCAGCAGAUCGUCGAGCACAUUUUAAGGAAGGUGAACCAGUUGGAGCACACCCUGUACGAGGACCAUCAACGCGAGUUCAGGCUGCGAAUGGCCCUGGAACGGCAGACGGAACGAGUGCAGGAACUGUCCUUCUCGCUGGACACGGAAAAGCAGCGCAACGGACGCCUGGUGCAGUUGCUCCGUGGCGUGGAUACCUCUGGAGGUGAGGGAAGCGAGCCAGAGGAGAGGGUCGACAGGUGGUCCCCUGUGAAGUCUGCUGGAGAUUUGUACAAUUCCAUAAGUCCAUUGCUCAUGCAACAGCGCUACGAUGAGCUCUCGGUUUCCCAUCGCCAAAGCUGCCGUCAGCUGGCAAAGAAGGAAAAGGCUCUGAAAGUCCUCAAGUCGGAAACGGAGCAGCUGCACUCCAAAUACGAACAACUCUUCGACGAGUAUCGAAGUGAACAGCGUCGCUUCGAGAUGCUGUGCUCCCGCUACAUGGAGACUCAACUGAAAAAGAAACAGGAGAUCUACAACCUGAAGAGUACCCUGGGUCAGGCCAGUGAGUGCAUCUAUCAUGCCCAGGUGGCCAUCGAUGAGUGCUGCCAAAGGGGUAAAACCCACAUUAUAACGCCGGAAAACCUGGAGAACUUCAAUCGGAAUGUGAGUGUUUUCAUGAACGCCUUAAGGAAUUGCUGUUGCCUUCAAAAGGUUCAUGAACUGCAGCAGCAGCAAGAGAUCCUCGAGAAAGAGGCUUCUCUGGAAGAGAAAGAGGUCCAGUAUAGCCUAAAUCCAUCUGAGGAUAAGUCCUCCUCUAGUGGCACACGUCAUAGAAGUUGCCGGAGACACCGGCAUUCAAAUCGUUGAAGGUUCCCUUUUCGAGUUACUCCUUUGCUUUAGGUUACUUGUGAAAUGCCUUAAUCCCUUGGAAAUUCAUUGUUUAAGUCACAGAAAAAGAAACAAAUUUAUAAAAAUAUGUUGACACAAAAAUAAUAU